AUGCGUUCCUUUGCUUCUUUCUUCACGACGGCACUGGUCGUCGCUGGAGCUCUCGCCGCUCCAGCAGCCAAGCCCAUCACCACGAUGGACCUGUUCAAGCGCCAGUCUACUCCCUCCUCCCAGGGAACCCACAAUGGCUACUUCUACAGCUGGUGGACUGAUGGAGCAUCUCCCGUCACCUAUACCAACGGUGCCGGCGGCUCCUACAGCGUCCAGUGGCAGUCUGGUGGAAAUUUCGUCGGUGGAAAGGGUUGGCAGACAGGCGGACCCAAGACCAUCCAGUACUCUGGCACCUUUUCUCCCGUCAACAACGGCAACAGCUACUUGACAGUUUAUGGCUGGACUAGAAACCCGCUCAUUGAGUACUACAUCGUUGAGAACCAUGGAGAGUAUAACCCUGGCAGCUCGGCUACACCCAAGGGCCAGGUCACCAGCGACGGCUCUGUGUACCAGUUGUACGAGAGCACUCGUGUCAAUGCACCAUCCAUCGACGGUGACCAGACCUUCAAGCAGUUCUGGGCCAUCCGUGAGAACAAGCGCACCGGCGGUACUGUUACAACUCAGAACAUCUUCGACGCCUGGAAGAACGCUGGAAUGACCAUCGGCACUUCGUUUGACUACAUGGUUGUUGCAACGGAAGGUUACAAAUCUGCCGGCUCGGCCAGUAUCACCGUCGAGACUGCCGCUUAA